GGAUGGACCCAGUAUCCUCCCGACCGACGGCCAGCUGGUGAAGGGAUUCGGACGGUACAGAAAAUGGCACCGGGCACCGUGUUCUCACUGUGAGACAGGACCGAGCUGCUUUAACGAUUCCCCGGAACGUUUUCAGGCGGAGUCCCCGGGAAAGAGAAGAGAAGAGAAGCGAGUGAUCUCACCGCAGCAAGAGUCCAGCACCAUGAAACUGAACCCACAACAGGCUCCUCUCUAUGGACAGUGUGUGUUGACUGUUCAGCUUGACGAUGAUGAGCUGUGUCGUGCUGAGGGAGAGGAGCAGGAAGACGUGGAGGUGGAGUUUUAUCUUAUCAUCUCAGGAUCCAUCCAGAGGCAUGUGAGCAGCACUGUGCGAGUCAGCCAGAAGACUCUGCAGGCUGUGUGUCCAGCCCAUAAUAUGUGUGAACAGGUCUUGGUGAAGUUAUGCUGGGCUCGGCCUGGUGGACCAGUGGACACUCGCUCACAGGAGACCUUCUGCUUCGUCCAGGACUUGGCCCUUGACAUGGCCUGUUUCCUGCUUGACAACACAGCUCCUCAGGAAGCAUUGCUAUUGGACGAUGAGCAGAUUCCACUGAAAGAGUGUGAGAAGUUGGAUGAGAGCCUGGCAUUGGCCCUGAGACAUCUCAGCCUACCCCACCACAGGACCGCACAGACACACAAGCAGACGGACGUGGACAGACAAAUAGAUCAGCGCACACACACCAUCGAAGCAACGGACACACACACACACAGUGACACAGACAGACACAACGCAGAGACACACAAGGAAACCUGGAUGGACAGGUCCGCUGAUCUGGACAGCUGCAGCGCUGUGUCUCAGGGCCAGCAGCUGUCCAGCCUCCUGCACUUGGCAGCCAGUCAUGGUCUGAGGACGGUGGCAUUGUUCCUCCUGCAGCAGCCUGGAGGCAGGGAGGCUCUGAGGAGGACGGACGCUCAGGGACAGACGGCAGCACGAGUGGCAGAGAGCAGAAGACAUCAGCAGCUGGUGGAGCUCUUCACACAGUAUGAGGCGUCCUCAGAUGUCCAGGUGGAGCCAAAGGAGGAGCUGCACUUUUCCUCAGAAGGCCGAUUGUUUCAGCAUCACGCAAACCUCGGCACAUACACGCUGACCGGCUGGCGGCAGAGGGAGGAGGGGGCAGAGACGGACAGCAGGGGAGGCUGCUCCUUACAGGAGGAGGUGAAGGAGCUGAGGAGACUGAUUCAGCUUCACAGAGACACAGAGGGAGAAUGUGAUGUUGCUGGGACCGUCGCAGCAGCACCGCUCGGCCCUGUCUGCCGGCUGCAGCUGUGCUCAAAUGGACAACAAGAGAGCGGCCGAGAGGCAGGCCCGGCUGAGGUAACCACAGAGAACUGUAGCACAACAACAGUGGAACAAGGAAGUCUUCUGUCACUGGAGGAGGGAACUCAGGGGGAGGACCCUGCUGUUGUCACUCAUACGUCCUGUACCAGUGAGCGUCUUUGUCAGAGCCGAGGAUCUGGGGGAGGACAGAGGGGUACACCGGCUGCCAAAUCUCCUGCUGGCAAGAACAGGAAAAACAAAAAGAAAUCUACAAAAACCACAAGAUGUGCAACAGAAGCUACAGGAAAUAGAAGCAGCCCAGAGGCUGGCAGAGGAACUGCACAGGGGCCCACCAAGAUAACAGGAAGUGGAUCAGAAGGAAGUGUUUCAGCUAGAGAACUAGCAGUGGCAUCUGUGGUUGGUGACGGAGGAGACACUGAAAAUCAGCGUAGUGCCAGAGCAGAAGAGACUCCAUUACCCAGAAAGCCAGUGUCUACACCAGGUGGUGAUGGGACGUGUGCUAGCAGGAGCGCAGAUGCCUUGUCUACCACCACCAUUACAGAAAAACAGGAAGGAGGAGAGUGGGAAGUGGACGUGCUGAUCUGUGAGCGAGCGGCAGAUACAGAAUCAGUGACAGUCAGUGCUCCAGCAAACCCAGGCCCAGAGUCAGCUGCACACGGGACAGUAACCAUGGGUCAGGCUCAAUCCCAAGAUCCUCAGGAAGGCCAGUCUGACCCAGAGGAGCCUAGCCAGCCGGACUCCAUGAGUCCUCAGCCUGGCAGCAGGACCAGCCCCAGGUCCCCAGAUACAGCACGGAAACCCUGGGUUGGAAGCAGAAUGGGAUCAGCCCCACACGGAACAGAAAGAUUAGCAAAAACUGUCUGGUACCAGGGUGAAAACCUCCACCUGGCUUCCAGUGAAGACUCCAACAGACAGGAAGUGAGCUCCCAGUCAGUUUGGUACGUCAAUGACAAAAUGGAUGAGAGAAGGCCUGAACAGCUGGAGCAGGCAGAACGUGAUCUGAGCUCACCCCAACCCUCUGGUCUUAGUCCUCCACAGCUGUUAGAGCACGGUCUCAGUUCUCGUCAUCUGUGUGCAGCUCUGAGUCAGCCACAUGCUGCUGGAGCACAGCCAGCACCGUCACAUGGGCCUGCCGCACAAAGACGGGAAGUACAUGGAUCACAGCAAGAGGAGGAAGUCGGGCCAGAUUGGAAAGAAGGAGGGGUGGAGGGAGGCAGAGAGGAGGUCAGUAACACAGAGACCAACAAAACGACCUGUGAAACAGCAGACAUCGACGAGAGGGGAGACGAGAAGCCAGGGUUCAAAGAGAUAGGACCAAAGGGCAAGAAAAAGAGGAGGAAGAAGAGGGGGAGGAGAGGAGGCAGUGAGGCCAAGCUUAGCUCCAGCUCCAGUGUUGAGUCUCAGAGUCAGAGUGAGACACAGACACAGAGAGAUCAAGUGACAAGCCUGAGUACUCAGUCAGAGACAGAGUCAGAAGCCAGGGAUCAAACAGGAAAGGCACACGUCCAGUGUCCCACAGCUUCUGAGCCAGCCCGGAGAGAGGAAGCUGACAAGGACGCCAUGCAUCUACCCAGCCAGACGGAGAGCCAGACCAGGGACGCUCAUGGACCUGACUGUGACAUUACAGCCUCAGAGUCUACUUAUAGCAGUCCCACAGAGCACGGAAGGGCAGAUCCAGCUGAGGCUACAGCUUCACAGGCAUUAGAGACAAAGGAAUCAUCCGAGGAUCAAAACCAGAACGUCCAUGAACCUGAGGACCCAGAUUCUGCCAUCGCUUCUUCAGACCUCAGUGAAAUGGACAUCAGAAAAGGAGACGGGGAGGACAUUACACCUGGGAAACCAGUGGAAAAGGAAGUACUGGACCCUGCUGAGACUGAAUCAAAGGGGUCUGCCGGUCCGAUCCAACAGACAGUGGAUAAUGUGUCCUCUAAGACUUUGUCAGAAAAUGAAGAUCUGACACUAGCUGGAAAAGCUGCAGGAUCCGUGGACUGGACAAGCUUGGUGGAAUGUAAGUGUCCAGAGGAACUUCCUGUCAGUCUUUCAGAUCCUACAGAAGUCACAGAGGACUCGUCUCUUGUGGUAUUUCCUGAACAGAAUAUACACCAUGUACGAGCUGUGGACUCAGACAAAUCACUACAACCAUUUCUGGAAUCUGUGCAUUCUACAGAAGCUGUGUCUCUGUCCUGUGUAGCUGCAGCAGAUGUGUCACCACUUCAUACACUGGAAGGAAGCACUGAGACAACUGAGAGGGAAUAUUUAGGCCAUUGUUUGGCCUCUGAGCUGCUGAGAGAUCAGCAGCACAAGGAGGAAACAAGAGAGCUGCGGGUGGGUGAAGAGGAAGAGGGUGAGGAGACGAGUGUGAAGAAAAGUAGUGAAGAAAAGGACAGUGGGAUGAUGCAUUGCAGAGAGUCUUCUGCCAUAGUCAGAGGGGAAAAGGUGGAGGACACGGACGUCCCUUCCUUAGCCAGAGAAACAGAGCGGAUGUACAGCGAGGACCUGGCUGCCACAGCAGUGGCAGUUGUAACUGUAGCAGUAGCAUCAGCCAUGGCGAACAUAGAGCUGGCCCAGCGCUCAGCAGGCAGGCAGUCAGAGGCUCAGCUGGCUGAGCGUUUACUCAGCGCUGCUCUGCCCACACAGCUGAUGAACAACCACAAAGAGAAGCUGUUAGCAGCAGCUCCAGCUGAGACAGAACUCCAGCCCAUACAGUGUCCACACGCUGAACCUGCUGAUCGGCUCGCCUCUGAAGGACAGGCUGAUGCUAAGCUAUCAGAGCAGCCCCAUACUGUAGAGCUGCAGAGGGAGACUGAGGCUGAGAAGCUGCCGGCAGUGCAGCUGUGCCACAAAGAUCAGGCUCAGCUCCUCACGCCGACUCUACCACAACUCUGCACAAAGGAAGUUCAAACAGCAGCUACACAGAGGAAAUACUUUACCUGUGCACUGCCGACUGAAGAAGGCGGCACUCUGCAGGUUCAUAUGAAACCUGUGCCUGAAGCUGGGGUGGACAGCCAAGGUCACAUGCAGGCAGAAAGCACACUGUCCUGUCCUGUUAUGGACACAGGACAAGACCCAGAGGCUCCCGACACAUUGUGCCCUGAUUUCGAGUCUGAGAGCAGUCCCCAACAUCCGUCUGUCCGUCAGGAAGAGAGCGCUGGACAGCUGCUAGGUUCACAGCCUCAAAACAAAGAGACGCCGUGGGAGAGAGAAACUCCCGCGGCUGAGGGUGAGGGAGGUGGACAAGCACAUGAGCAGGACAGUCCAGAAAACUCAGAGGACAGUGAGAGCUGCUGUAACGGUGCCACAGUCACGUCUGACUCAGAGUGUCAGGCUGAGGAGAGUGAGGGCCGCCCACAGCUGCUCAAAAUACCGUGUGAGGGGGAGAGUGGAACACUUCCUGUUACCCCCUGUGACUCGCCUUCUGUGGCUCAUCCCAGUCCAGAUGAACCAGUUUCCCCCGUGAAUGUGGAAACAGGUGAAUCCCAGUCAUCCCAGUCACUGCUUGACAUGAAGCUCGUCUCUGCCACAUUCAGCAGCAAAGGUCACGAGUCUGUGGCUGAGCAUGAUAAGGACGGUGUGUCUGACAAAGACUCAGACUCUGUGGACACCGUGGAUGGAUGGAAGCAGAAAGCAAGGGACACGAUGGAAAAAGAAGAGGAGGCGAGGACGGACGUGGUCACAGUGGAUGACACAUCUCACACAGCAGAAGAAGAGUCUGAACAGACCAGGGGACACUCCGAGAACACACACACUCUGCAGAUCCAAAGAGAGACAGAUGUUUUCUGCCCUGUCCAGCCCAGCCCUGAGCCCAGCUCAGCGACAUCAUGUGCAGACUUUCAUCCAGCCGGAGAAGAGUGUGUGUCUGUGUGUGUGUUUCACACAGACAGAGACAGCCUUAAAGUCAGUGCUGAGCUGGAUGACGGUGUCUUUAAAAAGCCUGAGCCUCCCCCCUGUGAUGGACGAGGGGACAGAGGGGUUCGUGUCUCCCUCUCUUCCACAGAUGAUGCAUCAGUGCAGGGAGCCCUCAGUCCCAGUGAGGUGGCUUGGUCAGAGGACACACCUGGCAGUGUGGCCCCUCAGGGCUCCAGGCUGUCCUGGAAGUCAGAAACUGAGGACAGAGGAGGAGGAGGAGGGACAGAAGUAGGAGGAGAAGAAGAAGAGAAAAAAGACCAGCUUCCAGAAAAUCCUGUCUCUUCUGCCAUCUUCCGAACUUCCAUUCGAUCCUUGUCUCCGUUCCGUCGUCACAGCUGGGAGCCAGGAAGGAGCAAUGCAGCUGCAGAUACUGACCUCACACAGCGCAGACCAUCUGUCCCGUCUUCCAGCUCAUUGAAGAGCCUGUCAGGAGAGGUGAAGAGAGUGAAGCCCCCCCUCCAUCGGAGAAGUAUGAGCUGGUGUCCAUCCAACCUGCAUCCUUCUUAUCAGGAGCAAAUAGACAGCAGAAGCUACAGUCUGGAGGGUCUCGAGGUACAGAGGGAAGGAGUCCAGGCUCAGAGUCCGAGCCUGAGUGAUCAGGAGGAGCGGGCUGCAGGCAGGAGUCUGCGGCUGGACACCAAGGACAGGGGCUCUCUGGUGUCCCUCACUGAGGAGGAGCAAGAGGGAGACGGCACCAGCACUGACAGCCAGAUGUCACAUCACGUACUGUCAAUGACAACCAGCUGUCCUGCCAUGUUCCAUCACCAAACCCUCACCAAAUCCAUCUCCAUGGUUACCAUCAGUCACCGUGAUAUAGAUGGGCUCAGCUCAUUCUCCAGCAACUCCGGCUCACUGGAGUACAGUAUUUCAGAGGAGGAGCCGGGCCCUCUGCGGAGCGAUACUGAGGGAAGAGGAGGGCCGAAAAUCAGCCGCACUUUCAGCUACCUCCGCAGUAAGAUGAGUAAGAAGGGAAAGGAGAAAGACAAGGAGCGAAGAGGAGAAAAGGAACGAGAGAGUAAAGAGAAAGAGAAGAAGAGUUCAAAUGCUCAUGUCUUCAUCCCAGUCAGUCCAUGUCCCUCCACAGCCUGUCAGCACUGCACCAAACCUCUGCACAAUAAGGACACUUUCCUCUGCAACAACUGUGGAAUUCAUGUCCAUAAGAGCUGCAGAGAGAGUGCGUCUGUCUGUACAAAGAGCAAAGCGAAGCAGCAGUCGCUGGUGCCAGAACCUGCUCCUGGGUCAGCUGUUAACAUGAGGAGCAAAUCUACAUCUUCAGCGUCGUCUGUAUCAUCCGCAUCUUCUUCAUCAUCACGGGAACGGUUUUCCGUGGUAACCACCCCUGACGACCAGCUUCCUGUAGUGUUUCCAAGGAGACACCCCAGCAUCUUCAACCAACAGAGUAACCUUGCCAAGAGCAUCUCCACUAGCAACAUAGCAGGGUUGGAGGACGUUCCACUGAAAGGCCUGAAGUUUCUGUCUCAGUCCACCGACUCGCUCCAUCAGGGGAGCAAAGUCAAUGCCUCAACUGAGUCACUCACCGAUGAAGGCACUGAGAUGAUGGACAGUCAGCUGAUGGGAGAGUUUGAGUGUGACAUUAAGGACCUGGAGGCUGAUUCCUGGAGCAGCACAGUGGAUAAGAAGUUCUUAAAAACGCUGAAGAAAGAUGAAAUCAAGAGACAAGACGUGAUCUAUGAGUUGUACCAGACAGAGUUCCACCAUGUGAGGACACUGAAGAUCAUGUCUGAGGUGUACUAUAAAGGCCUUCAGAGGGAGGUUCAGCUCGAGACUGAAACUCUGGACAAGAUUUUCCCGGUUUUGGACGACUUGUUGCACUUGCACACACAGUUCUUCACCCAGCUUUUGGAGACGAAGAGAGCAUCAUCAAAUCAAGGACAGAGCAACAACAGCAUCCUCAUCUGCUGCAUCGGGGACGUCCUGGUCAACCAGUUUUCAGACUGCAGUGCCGAUCGUAUGAAGAAAGUUUAUGGGAAGUUCUGCAGUCGCCACAGUGAGGCCGUUAAUCUCUACAAAGACCUGCACGCCAAAGACAAACGCUUCCAGGCCUUCAUUAAGAGGACAAUGAGCAGCAGCAUUGUACGGAGGCUCAGUAUUCCAGAGUGCAUUUUGUUGGUCACUCAGAGGAUCACCAAAUAUCCGGUUCUGAUCCAGAGGAUACUACAGCACACUAAAGACUCGGACGGAGACCACAGCAGCGUGUGUGAAUCACUGCGCUUUGUCAAAGAGCUGAUUGCAGCUGUGGACAGUAAAGUCAACGAGCAGGAGAAGAAGCGCAGGCUGAAGGAAAUCCACAGUCGCACUGACAGUAAGUCCAUCAUGAGGAUGAAGAGUGGUCAGAUGUUUGCUAAACAGGACCUGAUCAGAGGGAGGAAGCUGCUGCACGACGGAGCGCUGCAGCUGAAAAACUCUGCUGGACGACUGAAAGAUGUCCAUGCCAUGCUCCUCUCCGACGUGUUGGUCUUUCUUCAGGAAAAGGACCAGAAAUACGUCUUUGCGUCUUUGGACCAGCGCUCUACAGUCAUCUCUUUACAGAACCUGAUUGUCAGAGAAGUGGCUAAUGAGGAGCGAGGUCUCUUUCUGAUCACAGCUGGUCCAGAGAGACCAGAGAUGGUGGAGGUGUUGGCCAGCAGCAAGGAGGAGCGCAACACAUGGAGGGCCAUCAUACAGGACGCCAUGCACUGCAUGGAGAAAGACGAGGAUGAGGGAGUCCCCAGUGAGACAGAAGAGGACAGAAGACAGCAGGAGAACAGAGCCAAGGAGAUCCGAGAGCUCCUACGGAGGAAAGAUGAUCAGAUCAUCUGUUUAUUGGAGGAAAAGGUCCACAUCUUCAGAGAGCUGGGCGACUGUAAUCCCGCCCCCGAGGAUACAAACCCACCAAUCAAAGAGUGGAUGUUGUUCAGAGCUGCACCUGAUGAUGUCACAAAGGGGGAGCCAAUCAUAAAGGACGCCUUGCGAGAAGUGGAGAGCCUGCAUGCUUUGGUCAGCGGUGGUCUCGGUGGAGCAGGCUGCAGUGUUUCAGCCGGCCCCACAGGGGGCAGUGUGGGGCCGGUCUGUCUGCCCCGGAGAGCUGAGACGUUCGGAGGCUUCGACAGUCAUCAGAUGAACACCAGCAAGAAUGGAGAGAGGGAAGAGGGGGAUGAAUCGCUGGACCUCCGCAGGACUGAGUCAGACAGUGUUUUGAAGAAGGGGGCCACUGCCAGCCUACAGAUGUUGCUAAAGAGAAACAAUGAGCUGGUCCAGCACAGUGUGACACAUCUUCACGACCUGCUAAUUUCACUCCAGGCUGUGGUGGUCCAGCAGGACUCGUUCAUCGAGGACCAGCGGCAGGCCCUGAAUGAACGGCUUGCUGCCAACUCCUCCAGACACUCGUCCUCUUCCUCGCUCUCGUCCUCGUCCUCCUCCCGCCCCUCCUCCCUCAUCGAGCAGGAGAAACACAGGAGUUUGGAGAGACAGCGACAGGAGGCGGCCAGCCUGCAGAAACAACAGGCUGCAUACCAGGAAGAAAAGAGGAGGAGAGAGAAGGAGUGGGAGCUGAAGGAGAAAGGUCUGGCAGAGCGGGAGAAGAGGCUCGGGGAGGAAGAGGUGGAAACCAAGAGGACGCACCAGGAGCUGCAGGAGGAGAGAGAGAUUCUGCAGAGGAAGAAAGACGAGUACCAGCGAGAGCUGGAGAGGCUGAGGGAGGCACAAAGGAAGCUGGAGAGGGACAGGGAGGCCAUAAGGAGAGACACUGAGAGACUGGAGGCCAUGAGGAGAGAUGAGGUGGAGCAGCUUCAGAGGUACCAGCGAACUCCCUCCACCACCUCUGAGGACUCCGUAAGGUUCCCCAGCUCUGGGUCCCUGGAUCUGGAUUCAAAAGAAGCAGGAGAACAACCUAAAGAGGUGGAACUUUCAUCCUCUGCCCCUACCAAAGAACCUUUCCUCCGCCUCGGAUCUAAGAGGAUGGGCAAAAACUUCAACCCUUUCUCCUCGUCGUCCUCUAAAUCUCAGGGAGCAGAGAAGUCCCAGGAGUGCCAGCUCCCCACCAGACUGCUGCAGCUGGCCAAACCCAAAGAGAAGAAAGACAAGAAGAAGAAGAAGCAGAAGGGGAAAGGAGGGGAGCAGACACAGACAGAAAACAAAGCUGCAGUGAUGUCGGACCCUCAGAAUGAUGGAGACAUCUUCUACUGUUGAGGACCUGGAUGAAUCACAUGUGAACUCCUGACCUUCCUGAGGUACCAGAAAGCAGGACCCAGAGUGGUCUCCCGACUCUGUCCCAGCAUGUCAAAAAGACUCGACCACAUCUGGAGCAUCAUGUGCGCGGAGCCCCCUGGAUUCUCACACAUACUGACCCUCAUGUGUCCCAGGUAAACAAAGGUAAUGGCACCAAGUGAGGUCAUGGUGAGCCGAUGAUUAAAUCAGGAGGACUUUAAUUGACAAAUGUGCCAAGAAUAACCCCACCCCCCUGCACCCCCACCUUCCAUCAGACACAGAUGUGAUGGAAAGCCAAUGAGGAACACACCAUAGCAGUGUGAGGGACGCUGCUGAACCAGUUGUCAGUCAGAGAUCAUGUGUUGGGCCACGUCACAUGGUGCUUCAAGUCAAAUCUCUUCAAGACUUUGACAUGUAAAAAACAUUAGCUUUAAUAUGAACCAACAAUAAGUUGUCGUGGUGCUGGUGACUGCUGAGUUUCAGUGAACCCUUCCACAGUCAGGCUCCCAGGCUGAACAUCUGUAGGAUCCUUCACUCUAACGUGUGUUUUGUGUCCCUGCAUCUGGUUUAACUCCUGUUUUAUCACGGUCCGCUGAGUGCUCAGUGGACCGUGACACGAGAGUGGGAAUGAUCACUAACCACCAAAAGUCGUGCCUUAAUUAUCUGAUAUAGUCUCUGUGCAGUGAAGUGCGAGCUCACAUGCUCACAGCAGGUGUUUUAACUCUGCUUUUGUUAGACAAUCACCUGCAGUCUGUAGAAAUUCCUUUGUAAGUGGCCAUGGCAAUCACAAAGUGAUUCCAGCCAGUAUGUGAAAGACUGUCAGUAUUAAAAAUCCGUGAUCACCUCGAAUCAUCAGCGAAUGUGACAAUCAUCACAGUGCAACUGCUACUGCAGCACAACAGCAUCAGGUUUUAACAGGCACUUCAUAUUGUGUCAUUUGAUACUGAUUAUAGAGAAAAUAUGAACAUACUGAAGGAUAGGCUUUUUGAAAUGUAAGUAAAGAUCCUUUUAUAAUUGCAAACUUUACUCUUCAUAUAUGUUGAAGUGUCUGUACAUACAGAGCCUCCAAAGUCCUGAGAGAGUCACAGUUUUUAUCUUGUUUACAUGACUUUGGGGGACGUUAGGGGUUCUGUACAAAGGCUUCCUUACAGAUACUGUUCAACUGUUUUCACAAUUUUGUAUGAAAUGGAUUCAUUACACAUGUACAGCAUCUAUUUUCCUGUCAUUAGUAUCAAAUGAUUCAGUUCUUUCCAGGAAAAGUCCUUGUAACUGACUUUAAAUGACAGAGGUGUAAAAUAAAGCGUUAUUUUACACCAGGACAGGGUCAGAAUUCAGUAUUACUGAAUACAGACUUCUACUGGCUUUACAUUGAGAUGAUAUGAUCAUUGAAUGAGGUUCUGUUUAUUUUUGUUUUAGAUAGCUGAUGAGCUUUACUCUUUAGCGCCCUGUGCAUCAGUUCGACUGAGCUCCAGAGGUCAUGCUUUCGCCUUGGAAACAUACAGUACGUUGACAAAAUGAUCUAACCUCCAAAUUUAGAAGCUCUUCCAGAGCUUUCAACCACAUUACACAGUCUUCAUCAGCACAUCGAGUUUGCCAUGGAACCACAGAUAUUCUGACUUGAUAUGAUUCUGAGCACCUCUCAACGUCCACAUUGACUUUAAAUAUUGUGAUGUUGAGUUUAGUCAUAUAACCAAGCCCUACUUUGUAUACAGUGGUGAAAAGUAAUCAAGUACUGUAUACUUAAAUACAUUUUUGAGGUACUUGUACUAUGCUUGAGUAUUUCCACUUUAUGCUACGUAAUACUUCCACUCCACCACAUUUCAGAAAAUGAAGAAAUAUUGUACAUUCUACUCCACUACAUUUAUUUGACAGCUUUAGUUACUGAUUACUUUGAAGAAGUUUUUACACAUUAGAUGAUGUAACAAACUUUGAACAUACAAUGCACUGUUAAAGAUUAAACCACUGUGUGUCUGAGCUUCACCACACAGUCAUUUUUCCCUUUAAACUUCUCACAUGCUUUAAUUUAAAUACAUGUUCAAAUGAUCCAACAUCUCAUCAAUAAUCCAAGAUUCAAGAAAAACUCCAAAGUCCAAAAACUGAAAACAGAUUUGUUUUUUUUUUCAUCUUUUAUUAAUCACCAAACAUCUCCUCAGAUUUAUCUGGUGUCCCUGUUUAUAAAACUCUAUUUAAAGUGGUUGAAAGUGGCUCCACCUCCAGCAGCUACAGCAGCAAUAUGCUGUAAUGCUUCACUAUUAAUAAUCUUAUGAUGUCACAGUAAUAAUUCAGUCAGAGGGACCAAACUAGUACUUUUACUUUAAUACUUUACAUUUUGCUGCUAGAACUUAUGUACUUCUACUUAUAUAGGACUUUUUCAUGCAGGACUUUUACUUGUAAUGGAGUAUUUUUACAUUUCUGUAAUGGUACUUUUACUGAAGUAAAAGAUCUGAAUUCUUCUUCCACCGCUGUUUGUAGAAUGUUUUCCAAUGCGAGACAAUCACUGAGUUUAGACUAUUUUGUAAAGAAAUUGUGUGAGGAAAAAAAAAAGAAUCAUUAUAGACAGGAGCAGAGAUUCAGCGACGGCUUGUAGUACUGUAACCUGUUAUCUGCUGCCUGGGACUUUAAUUAGCUCAGUUAGAGAGAAAAGCAGAUACAUGCCUCUAUUUCAAAUCUGUCUUGGUCCUCGUGAAUAUAUUUGAUUGUUAAACACACUUUUGUCCUCCGCCUCCAGUUGACAUACUAGUUUUCAGGAGUGGAAAUUUUAUUUAGAUAACGCCAAUAAAGCCGCCAAAUCAUGGCAUACGUUAUUACAAGGCACACUGCAGAGUAAUAUUAUAGAAACAAAGCCAACAGUUUAUAUCAUGAGCAGCACUUUGCAACAGUGAGGAGAAAAAACCUUGUAACAGCAAGAAACCUCAGACAGAGCCAGACUCGGUGAGUGGGCCGUCUGCCUCAGCUGGCUGGUCCGUGGGUUUCUCCCUCCUUCAGUGUCCCUCAGUGGGUUUACAUGGCUUUACAUGUCCCUCAGUGGGUUUCAGUGUCUGUAAGUAAAAUACAGACAGUUUGACUUUGCUGUCAGAGCUGUUCUCCAUUUUUUUCCACUUUACAGUUAAACAGUUAAGUGCACAGUCUGCAGCUUUUGGAUCUCUGAAACUAAAUAAGCUAAAUCACAGAAGAGUCUGAUCAUAGAGUCUAAUGGUCUGAUGAGAAGGUCAAAGCUGAACUCUGGAGUUCUGCUGAGGAUGCUUGGAAGCCUGUCUCUCUCCUCCUCCAUAUUGUUUCCAUCUAGUAUGAGGUUUACUGAAACAUCAGGAAUUUUACAAAGUCACAUAAAACCUUUUUUUGCACUGUAUGUCACAGCUUUUUUUGAAAUGUAUUUGUACUAAAAACAAGGUACAAUGUUUAUUUUUCUCAUUUUAUGUACAAAGAAAAAAAAAGGGCAAAGCAACAAAUGUAAAUAUGUUUUCUGUACAAAUUUGAACUUCCAAAGUAUUGACGACUGUGGAUUUUAUUUAGUCGGAUGGUUGAUUAAUUUUUUUAAAAUAAUGAAGCUUUAUUUAUCUGUCCUCUUCCUGUUUUUGAAUGUACAGUAAUUUUCUCUCCUCAUUAAAUGACUAUACUGUUUGUCAUGA